GAAGCCAAAGUCAGACAGUCAAAUCUCUUACCAGAAUCUGAGAAAGGAGAAUUAUGUUUAUAGUCCAGUGAGCCUAGGUUGAAAAUACAAUUGCUUCCCUAUCUGUAGUCAGUAGGAUCACACUCCUAAGACAAGAAACUUACAAUUUCUGUCGACUAGGAAAAUAUGCAGCUAGCAGGUCUACCAAAUGGCAACUUUAAAAAAACUAAAGUCUGUCUCCUCCUUACCAUUGUUCCACAUUUUCUCAAAGUCUGUAGCUUUCAGAAAACAAAUGGGCAAGAACAGAGGAGGGAGGUUUGGGAGGCACGGAAGCAGGACAUUCACUUCCAGGCAGAGAGGUUUCCUCAAGUAAAGCUCUGAGUAGACAGAAAGAGCCUUUGUCACAUGCACGUUGUGGAUUUCAGCUAUUAAGGAUUUCAAGGAAUCUGGCAGAAGAAUCCCCUCUAAGUCCAGCCUGACAAUAGUAGAUAAGUGUCUACUCUCAGUGGUAUCCUAAUAAAUGCUUAACAGCCUAUUCUCCAUAUUUUUUUAAGCCCUGAUUUGUAAAGUUUGCUGAUUCCUGUGGUGUAAGCACUCCUACCAUGGCUGAUUUUCAAGCUACCAACUCAAUACCAUUGAGUGUGGAGUUGGGAAGAGAUACAUAUGGUAGGCUCUCACAAACCCCUAGAGGCAAGCUUCAGCUGAUAUCCUUACUGUCCACUAGAAACUGAGAUGAUUGGAUCACUGGUAACACAAUAUCUCUGAGGAGGAUUUAACUGGUUUCAAGAUGGAUACAAGGAAGGUAGAGUCAAAAAGCAUUCCUGUGCUUUCUCUGUAGGCCAAGACAAUCCCGAACUAAGAAUUCCAAGACUACCCUGUAUGACUCUCUCCUCACUAGAGCAUGAGCAGAGAGAAAGAACCACCACGGGGCCUUGGGGGAGAAAAUAUUCAAGUUGCAGGUCUCAUCUUUUCUGAACACCUCACCGUGUCUCCAUCCUUGGGACUCUGAACCUGGCAGCCGGACCACUUUGUCCUUGGAAUUUUGGGUGUCUUCUCUUCUGACCUUUCCUUUUUCCCUCCCCUGUUCCUGAGAACUCCUGAAGACUGUAGCAUUGUCAUGGAGUCCAGGGAAAUCUUAAGCAGCUCCCGGCAAAGGGGGGACGAGUCGGAAUUCCUGCCGGUCUCCUCUGCCAAGCCCCCAAGUGCUCCUGGCUGUGCAGGAGAACCUUUGCUCUCAGCCCCAGGGUCUGGAAAGGGGAUCUUGGUGGGCGGAGAACGCAUGGAGCCAGAGGAGGAGGAUGAACUGAGCUCCGGGCGGGAUGUGGAUUCUAACUCCAAUGCAGACAGUGAGAAAUGGGUGGCAGGAGAUGGCCUGGAAGAACAGGAGUUUUCUAUUAAGGAGGCAAACUUCACAGAGGGGAGUCUGAAGCUGAAGAUUCAGACCACAAAGCGGGCUAAGAAACCCCCAAAGAACCUGGAGAACUAUAUCUGCCCGCCUGAGAUCAAGAUCACCAUCAAGCAGUCUGGAGACCAGAAGGUGUCCCGUGCUGGGAAAAAUAGCAAAGCCACGAAGGAGGAGGAAAGAAGCCACUCCAAAAAGAAGCUCCUCACAGCCAGUGACCUUGCAGCCAGUGACCUCAAAGGAUUUCAGCCACAGGCUUAUGAGCGGCCACAGAAACACUCAGCUCUCCACUAUGACCCAGGCCUCCCACAGGACUUCACCGGUGACACCUUAAAACCAAAGCACCAGCAAAAAAGCAGCAGCCAGAACCACAUGGACUGGUCCACCAACUCUGACAGUGGACCUGCCACUCAGAAUUGCUUCAUCAGUCCAGAGGCUGGCAGAGAAACUGCAAGCACCAGCAAGAUCCCAGCUCUUGAGCCCAUGGCUUCCUUUGCCAAGGCCCAGGGUAAGAAAGGCAGCGCGGGGAGCACGUGGAGUCAGCUGUCCAGCAAUAGCAAAGAUCUGCUCUUGGGAGGUGUGGUUCCCUCCCCAAGCAACCACAGCUCACCAGCCCCACCCAGCAGCUCUGCUGAGAGCAAUGGGCUUCAGCCCUUGGUCGAUCAAGAUGGAGGAGGGGCCAAGGAACCCCCCGAACCGCCUACCACAGGCAGCAAGAAAAAGUCCAGUAAAAAAGAUGUGAUAAGUCAGACCAUACCAAACCCAGACCUGGACUGGGUCAAGAAUGCCCAGAAAGCAUUUGACAAUACAGAAGGGAAAAGGGAAGGCUACUCUGCAGAUAACGCCCAAGAGGCCUCACCAGCCAGGCAGAAUGUGAGUCCCGUCGGUAAUCCGGAAAAUGACUCAAGUCAUGUCCGGAUUACUAUCCCUAUCAAGACACCCUGUUUAGAUCCAACCAGCCACAAGAGGAAAAAGAGACAGUCCAUCAAAGCAGUGGUGGAAAAGAUCAUGCCAGAGAAAGCCCUGGCUUCUGGAAUCACUAUGAGCAGUGAAGUAGUUAAUAGGAUACUUUCCAACCCUGAGGGAACCAAGAAAGAUCCCCGUGUCCCUAAGUUGGGUAAAAUAAUAGAGAACGAGUCCCCCUCAGUUGGCCUUGAAGCAGCUGGAAAUGCUGAGAAAGUUGUCCCAGUGGGGGUGUCUAAGCAGCGGAAGCCGCCCAUGCUCAUGACGCCUUCAGCCCGCACAGAUCACUCUCCAUCAAGAAAGCUGCCGGAAAUCCAGCAUCCAAAAUUUGCUGCCAAACGGAGGUGGACGUGCAGCAAACCAAAGCCCCCCGGUAUGCUUCGGGAGGCGGUCGUGGCUACCUCCGACAAACUGAUGGUGGAGCCGCCGUCUGCUUACCCCAUCACCCCUUCCAGCCCCCUCUACACCAACACAGACAGUCUUACUGUGAUCACGCCAGUCAAAAAGAAGCGGGGACGACCAAAGAAGCAGCCUUUGCUCACGGUUGAGACGAUCCAUGAGGGGACCUCCACCAGUCCCGUCAGUCCCAUCAGCCGGGAGUUUCCUGGCACCAAGAAGAGAAAGAGACGCCGCAGUUUAGCCAAGUUGGCCCAGCUAGUGCCGGGAGAGGACAAACCCAUGAGCGAGAUGAAAUUUCACAAAAAAGUUGGAAAGCUCGGGGUGUUGGAUAAGAAGACCAUCAAAACUAUCAAUAAGAUGAAAACACUCAAGAGGAAAAACAUCCUGAACCAGAUCUUGUCCUGUUCUAGCAAUAUUGCUCUCAAGGCUAAAGCUCCCCCAGAGACCAGCCCUGGGGCCGCAGCCAUUGAGAGCAAACUGGGCAAGCAGAUUAAUGUCAGCAAGAGGGGAACCAUCUACAUUGGCAAGAAGAGGGGCAGGAAGCCAAGAGCAGAGCUGCCACCCCCAUCCGAAGAACCCAAAACAGCCAUCAAGCACCCAAGGCCUGUUUGUAGCCAGUCGGAUGUCCCAGCCGUGCCUUCCAACUUCCAGUCACUCGUGGCAUCUUCACCAGCAGCUAUGCACCCACUUUCGACACAGUUAGGUGGGUCCAAUGGCAACCUGAGCCCCGCCAGCACUGAAACCAGUUUUUCAGAGUUGAAAACUAUGCCAAAUCUCCAGCCCAUCAGUGCUCUUCCAACCAAAACCCAAAAGGGAAUUCACAGUGGGACCUGGAAGCUGUCGCCACCCAGGCUCAUGGCCAACUCACCCUCACACCUUUGCGAGAUCGGGUCACUCAAGGAAAUCACGCUGUCCCCUGUGAGCGAGUCGCACAGUGAGGAGACGAUCCCAAGCGACAGUGGCAUUGGGACAGACAAUAACAGCACGUCUGACCAAGCGGAGAAGAGCUCAGAGUCCCGACGGAGGUACUCCUUUGAUUUCUGCUCCCUGGACAACCCGGAGGCCAUUCCGUCCGACACCAGCACAAAGAACCGGCAUGGCCACCGGCAGAAGCAUCUCAUCGUGGACAACUUUCUGGCCCACGAAAGCCUCAAGAAGCCAAAGCACAAGAGGAAACGGAAAAGCCUGCAAAACCGUGAUGAUCUCCAGUUUCUGGCAGACCUGGAAGAGCUCAUCACCAAGUUCCAGGUGUUCAGGAUCUCCCACCGGAGUUACACCUUUUACCACGAGAAUCCGUAUCCCAGCAUUUUUCGGAUCAAUUUCGAUCACUACUACCCGGUGCCAUAUAUCCAGUAUGACCCGUUGCUCUAUCUUCGUAGGACUUCAGACUUGAAGUCAAAGAAGAAGCGUGGUAGGCCUGCAAAAACCAAUGACACCAUGACAAAGGUGCCUUUUUUACAAGGGUUCAGCUACCCUAUUCCCAGUGGAAGUUACUAUGCACCCUAUGGAAUGCCUUACACAUCAAUGCCUAUGAUGAACCUUGGCUAUUACAGUCAGUACCCAGCUCCUUUGUAUCUGUCGCACACACUCGGAGCAGCUUCCCCAUUCAUGAGGCCAACAGUGCCACCACCUCAGUUCCACACAAGCUCCCACGUGAAGAUGUCUGGUGCAGCUAAGCAUAAAGCUAAGCAUGGGGUACACCUGCAGGGGCCUGUUGGCAUGAGCCUCGGCGACAUGCAGCCCUCCCUGAAUCCUCCCAAGGUGGGCAGUGCCAGUCUGUCCAGCGGCCGGCUCCACAAGAGGAAACACAAACACAAGCAUAAGCACAAGGAAGACCGGAUUCUGGGGGCCCACGACAACCUGAGUGGUCUCUUUGCAGGCAAAGCCACAAGCUUCUCCAGCCACAUCCUGAGUGAGCGGCUGAGUGGCGCCAACAAAGAGCUCCCAUUGGUGACUGAGAAGAACAAGCAUAAAGAGAAGCAGAAACACCAGCACAGCGAAGCCAGCCACAAAGCUUCUAAGAACAACUUUGAGGUGGACACCCUGUCUACGCUGUCACUUUCCGAUGCCCAGCAUUGGACGCAGGCCAAGGACAAAGGUGACUUGAGCAGUGAGCCUGCAGACUCAUGCACAAAAAGGUACUUGGGCAGUGGUGGGGACGGUGGUGGCACGAGAGCGGAGAGCCUGGACAUGUUCAGUGAAAUGAACCCUUCAGCUGACAAGUGGGACAGUGACAUGAGUGGGAGUAAGAGGAGGAGCUACGAAGGCUUUGGGACAUACAGGGAAAAGGACAUCCAGGCCUUCAAGAUGAACCGCAAAGAGAGAAGUUCUUACGACUCCUCCAUGUCUCCAGGGAUGCCAAGUCCCCACUUAAAAGUGGACCAAAUGGCAACACACAGUAAGAACGACGGCUCUGUGUCUGCUGUGAUGACCAGGAAGAAGCCAGCCACAGUUGACAGCGUUGCGAUCCCACCCACACCAGUGUUGUCUCUCCUUGCUGCGUCUGCUGCGACGUCGGACACAGCCAGUUCCUCACUUAAGAAGCGAUUUAAGCGGCGGGAGAUCGAAGCCAUCCAGUGCGAGGUGCGCAAGAUGUGCAAUUACACCAAGAUUCUGUCCACCAAGAAGAACCUGGACCACGUGAACAAGAUCCUGAAGGCCAAGAGGCUGCAGAGACAAUCAAAGACAGGCAACAACUUCGUCAAGAAGCGGAGAGGGCGACCCCGAAAGCAGCCCAACCAGUUCGAUGAGGACUCCAGAGACCAAAUGCCGGUGCUGGAAAAAUGCAUCGACCUUCCCAGCAAAAGGGGUCAGAAGCCGAGCCUGAGCCCCCUGGUCCUGGAGCCCGCCGCCAGCCAAGACACCAUCAUGGCCACGAUCGAGGCGGUGAUCCACAUGGCCCGGGAGGCACCGCCCCUGCCGCCGCCGCCACCGCCCCUGCCACCGCCACCGCCGCCGCCGCCGCCACCGCCGCCGCCGCUGCCCAAGGCGCCCCGCGGAGGAGGGAAGAGGAAACACAGACCUGCUUCGGCCGCUCAGCCCCCGCCGCAGCCGGCCACGCAGCAGCCCCUUCCCCAGGAAGAGGAGGUGAAGGCCAAAAGGCAGAGGAAGUCCCGAGCGAGUGAGAGCGAUGUCCUUCCCUAGGGUGGGUCUGGACGUCUGAACCUGGGGCUGCGGGAACGGACACGUUGGAAGUGCAGUGAGCCGGGCGCGGCCGAAUCCCCGCCGCAGGGACACCGAUGCGCUUCUCUCCAGAAGCUGGGCAGGCAGAAUCGGGCCAGAUGACGGGGCUGAGCCAUCAGGAGCUCUUGGGAAAGCAAAGCAGGGGGACGCCUUCUAAAGAAGCUUGUCUGUGCUUUACAGCAGUUCCCGGCCAAGCGGCGCUUGAGAAUGACUGGGUCCUUCCCAGGCUAGCGGAGGACCCAAGGAGGAGGAGAGAGCUGGCGGUCCACUCUGACAGCCACCUGACCUCCGCGCCCAAGGUGCGCCCUUGAUUCCGUUUGCUGGCCAGGAAAAUGGAAAGGGAAAUGCCCGCCAUUAGGAAACAUUCCAAGGGGAGAAAAGCUGCAAAUUUCUCAACUGGCUUUGUUGCAACCCACUUGUAUUUAAUUGGUUUUUAUUUCUUUCGGUUUUUCAAGCUCAGCUAGGCUUUGGGGCACCAACAUCAUCUUCAGGUGGCCUGAUAUGGUUAACCGUACAGUUUCUCAGAUGGAUUCAUAUCAGAAGGUGGAAUUCUCUUGAUAGGCAACCUUAGACAUUCAUUCAUAUGCUUCUGUAGCCUCCUCUGUCCCACACAUUGAUACUUAGCAUCAUCUGUUCCUAUUUUUCCUUCGUCCAUUGUACUUCCAUAUACCUUUUCACUAACUUGCUGCCUUCUUUUCCUUGGUACCCACCUAAAUAAUGUAAACUUUACCUGUGUUGUAACGUUCACCCUUGGCAUGCUGUCCCAAGGAACUUGGCUUUGAAUCCCAAUCAUUGUGAAACAGAUUCUCAGUAUUGAUAGAGCCUUUUUAAUAAGUGAUUUAGAGCAGCCAAGGACAUGUUGACUCCGGUGUCAACCAGGUUAUUUUUAUACUUAAAACAUGUCAGCAGAGAAUAGGCAGAAUAAAAUGGUUGUAUUAACCCCCAGCAAAUGGAAUAACUGACGGAUUACCAAAAACUGAAACCCCAGACUCACGAGACAAGUGUGUAGCAAUGCCUUGGUAUGUGAUUUUUUGUUUCAUACAGCUAACUUUCAUAAGUCAUUUACAAAAGGAAGCAGACAAUAGAAGUCCAUUAUCUCUUAGUAAUUAUUUCUUAAAAGCAAAUGGGAGUAAGUGUUCUUAUCUGAAAAAUAAAAAUGCUCAAAGGGUAUCACCACUCCAAUUGUAUCAAGCCACCUUGGACAAAGUAUCCAAAUUGUGGUUGCCUUAAUAAACUAAGACAUUUUUGUACAUAAUGUAAUUAUAAAUUUAUCAGUCUGCAUGGAUGCAAACUGUGUGUGACAAAUCGUCUUUUUAAAUGGUCAAUUUCAACUGUACAUUUCUCAUCCAAGUUGUACUCUAGCCAUUGGUUUAGCGUGGACAGAUAUUCCAACUCUAUUAUCCAUUUCCACAGCCCAAGUAAAACAUGUUCAAAACACUCAGAAUGAAAAUGAACUUAUUCCAUUGCCGUAGAUGUUUUCUAAAAGUCAGAUGUGGAAAUUUCAAAUAAGUAUUUUCAAUUUCCCCCCUCACUUCCUCCCCUUACCUUCCUGAAGACAUCAAACACCUGGCAUGGUAGAUUAUAAAAAGAGAGACACUGAGAGACAGAAUUACAUUUUCUAAUGGGAAUUAGAAUAUCUGGUUUACCUCCAAAUUAAGUUUCUUUACAGGAAGUUAGGACCAGCUGGAAAUAGUAUUAUCACUUCAGAACACACCAUUAUUUCCUUAGAGAAAUGAAUGUUUGUUGGUAACAUAGGAGAAUAAGGGAUGGAGUAUCUUUGGAAGUAAAUUUUAAAAUCCCAAUAUAUGCUUGCAAACAUCACCACUCUAUUGUGGCACCAACAGUUGGUUGGAAUUACCCACAGAGCCAUUCUCUUCUGCACUGUCACCAUGGACUUCACAUUAUUUGCUGCCCACUAGGUCAGUCACAUUUUAUCCCAGCAAUAUGUAAGUUUAGAGGAAUGCAUCCUCCUGUACUUUAAAGCUUGUAUCAUAGGUACUCAGUUUGUGACCUAGGUUGACCUUUGGCAUUUCACGCAAGUUGAACAGCAAAAUCAAACCAGCCACUUUCAAUUUGUCAUUCCCAAGCCAUGUCUGAGUGGUUCCAAAGUCACUCAAGAGGAAGGUUUAAAUUAGCCCCUCUCACCCCACCAUUGCUAUGAAAGAGCAACCAUUUUCAUUCCAAUUAAGCCAUAAAGAAGUUUCUCUCCUGUUGGAUUUUGAAAAUCAUUUCCUUUUUUUUUUGCCCUUCUUCUUUUCGGCCUUUUACUAUUUCCCCAACCAAGUCUGCAAGCAGACAAAAUCUCCCUGCAGAGGGGAAGGAGCUGGCAUCUACGCUUCUUAAAGAAGGACCCAAAGCUUAAUUGGCAUUAACCUCAAGUAGGUAAGAAAUUUCAAAUAACUUUAGUAUACACUAGAAUUUCCAAGCCUAUGAAAGGUAUUCCCAGAGAGAGACAGCAGAGUUACAGCUUAUAUGCAAAAUUUAAGACUUGAGGAAUAGACUGGAAAGCUGCAGAGGACCAAAACUGAGACCUGCUAGUGAGCUUGGAGGUGGAGGCAACCCAGUCACCAGUACAGAUUCCUCUCUCCUCACCCAGCCCCUCCUUCAGUAUCGCAUUGCUUUUUUCUUUUUUUACUUUUGUUUCUGCUAGCCUAUGUCAUCCCAGCACAACCAUUUCCUCAUUUUCUAACCACUCCCUCUCCAUUAGCCUCUCCUGUCCAGGCUCAACACUGGGCCAGUCCAGUUUCACAUGUUGUUGGUUGGAGAACCGGGAUGAGCACCCAGCUCCCCUGACCUGCAUUGCAGAGGUCUCUAGCCACCAACACUGCCUCCUGGAGCUGCGUUUUUAUUUAGAGAUGUCAUUUGGGAUGCAUGAGAUUCUGUAAACAGCGCCACAGAUUUAUUUCAUAAUAAGAGAAAUCGCUUGGUUUUCUUUUUCUUUUUUUUCUUCUGGAACAUUUGCCUACAGAAGGCAGGCUUGAACCCACUUAUCAUAUAGAGAGUCUGAUGAGGGAUAAGCAAGGGAUGAAAUUGAGAUAUAAAAGCCUUGCUGAAAGUGAUGAUGGGUCUCUGAUCCACCUUCAUAAGUGGCUGGGGAGCCACUUGCUUUUUACGCCUCACCUCCAAUGAGAGGAACAGAAGUUUACCUUCCUCAGAUAAAAUGGCUCUGGCUACAAACCAAGGAAGACAGGUCGAAGGAAAGGAGAGCAUGUCAGGGGCUGUGUGAUAUGGAAGGAAUAGGACUCAAAAGCCACUGACAGCGCAGAGUAGGUGACUAAGGACUGACAGAGGAUUAGCAUGUUAACUUGACUGCUGUCGGGAGUGGGAGGCAAUGUUCGGUGGCAGUCAUAAUUUGUGUCCUGCUCAUUGCUGGAUCUAUAAAUAUGAUAAGUAAGUGGUGACAGAGUUAUAGUAUAAGGUGAUGUACUACAUGCAGAUCAUAAAGGAUUUGGUUUUAGUACUUGAGUAGAAAAUCCCACUCCUACAGCUUAUUACUCAACAAUAUUCAGAUAAUGAGUUUGGGGAGAAUAUUUUUUCCCUACCACUAGGAAGAUUUACCUGGGAACUGUCUAAAGACCGUACAUAUAUUUCCAAAGCCUUUAAAUGCCAACUGUAGCAUGGAGGGGAGGGGGAUGGCAGAAGCCAAAAUGCCUCAAAAGCCAUGUAAGUGUUACAUUGUGGGAUUUUCAGUCCUUCUCAUUAUGGAAAAGUAGAUAAAUAUAGAUUACUCUCAACAGUACCCUAUAGAAUCACAAUGGUUCAAAUGCCACAGCUUACAGAUAAUGUCAUCACAGUGCCUAGAAACUCAAACUGUAAUAUACCAUAGCAUUUUCUUGGUGUUUUUUAAAGUUUCUUUCCACAGUACAAGGCACCCCUGCCUCUUGUUUCUUAGAGAGUUCACCCCCCUGAUGAGUCUUCCUUCUUUGAUGGACUCGGUCACUUGGGGAACAGUCUUAGAAGCACAUAUCAACCAAGGAAGAAACUUCCUGGAUCUCUAUUGCCCACUUGCCCAGGUAUAAUAAACACUAAAGGGGGGAAAAAUUGAAAAAGGCUGCCACUGGUCAACACAGAAGGGCAGUUCCAACCUAGGUUGGUGUCUUUCUUUUUCUUCCUUUUUAAAAAAAUCUAUUUCUUAAAUAAUAAUAAGUGCACAUGAUGUGUUAAAUAUGUAUAUAUAUAUUUCAAAAGAAAAAAUGGGGCACAAGAUUGUCUUAUAAGUCGUGCUGGCUAAUUUUUAGUUUGUAUUCAUAAGUGGUUUUUAAAAGCCUUUUUUAAAGUGUAAUUUGCAUGUUCUACUUUGACUGUAUGUAAACAUAUUUUAGAACAAAAAAUGUAUUUGUAUUUUAUUGAAUAUAGAGGCAAGAAAAAUUGUACAUUGUUUGAAAUGUUCUUUUUGUAACAGUUUUUAUUCAUAAAGCAUUUUUGUACAUUUAAAAUGAACAUGGACUUGCUGUUAUUUGAGGCGUAGAUACAUCUGGCAUGCUUUACUGUCAUGCUCCUCCAUGGUCUUAGAUGUUGGGUUUUAAACAUUUUUUUCUAAAAGAAAGCUCAGUCUUUUUUGCUACCAGAUCAGGUUAGCACAGUAUAGAGCACUUAACUAUUAAAAAAAAAAGUUAAUCCUAUUCAUAUGUUAUUCAUUGUGUGAAAUUAAAGGCAUUCAAUUCAG